AUGAUACUCCAUAAGGUUCUCAGUGAACCAGAUGGCAAACAGUUUAAAUUUCCCAAUGCCAACUUCAUUGAUGAUGGCACUGAAAUCACGGCAAACGUGACGUAUGUAUACAAAGAGGAAGAUGUCAACCACCCUAGUGGUUUUCUACAGGAAGUCUUAAAAGUCUCAGGUCUCCUGACCACCACUGUUGCCCCAACAACAACUACCAACACCACUCCACUUCCUACCCUUUUGACUUCAGUGACAUCAACAACUAGAUUCGGCACAGCUGUGGUUUUUGUUAAACUGAUAUUCAACCUCAAAACACCAGUCCCCACUGAGGAUGAUGUCCUUGGUGCCGUCAAUAAGCAACUGUCUCUUCAAUCCAAGACCACUCAAACCACCUUCCAGAAUGCAACUUAUAUCAAACUUUCAGAUACUUCAUUUGCCAUCAACCUUGGUUUCAAAAUAACCAAUGUAACCCUGGAGUCUCUAAGUAAUAGACUCACAUUCACCAAUGAGACCUACGUCCAGAUACAGCUUUCAAUUAACACACUUCUCCGUCAACUUCUCAGUGAACCAAACGGCAACCAGUUUCAAUUUCCCAACGCCAACUUCAUUGAUGAUGGCACUGAAAUCAGGGCAAACGUGACGUAUGUAUACAAAGAGGAAGAUGUCAACUACCCUAGUGGUUUUCUACAGGAAGUCUUAAAAGUCUCAGGUCUCCUGACCACCACUGUUGCCCCAACAACAACUACCAGCACCACACCACUUCCUACCCUUUUACUGACCACUCCUUUCAAUACCACAAGUGUUGGAGGGUUUCCUGGCUGGGCUUUGGCCAUUAUCAUUCCUUGUGGCAUCGCUAUUAUUCUGGUACCCCUGUGGAUCCUGCUAUGUUGUAUGCUAUGUGGCUGCUGUGCAGCUGUAAGGAGACGCUGGCACAGGCGCAGAUCUUACAAUGUACAGUACACCACCAGAAACGGACUCUUCUGAGGUGACAACACUAACAUCAGUAGGCAAUUGUCAUCACAAGAACAGCCAAUUAUCUACCUAUAUCUGCUAAUCAGGAGGUUUCAUUGGGUACUUGCAUCUAUUUAUUUUUUAGCAUGAAAAUACAAUUCAUAAUGUGCUUAAUAAUCCACAUGUUUUGUGCAUUGUACAAUUUUUUAUAUUAUACAUCUGAUUGUUUAUCAAAGUUACAGCUGAGCUGAACAGCAUGUAUGUUUAUGUAUUUAUUAGCUAUGUAAUUUAUGUGGUUUCAAGCUGUGCUGUCCACUGACUAAAAUGGUUAUCAGUUAUUUAUUUAACGUAUAAUAAGGUAGAUUAAAAUAUUUAUUUGAGUUUUGUUAUUUCCUCUCUUGACUAACUAUUAACUAACUUAUUUUCAACUGCAAUACAGUACUUGUUUCUUCAUCACACAGUUUGACAAAUGUAAUAAAGACUUUGCAAAUCAG